CUCCCUCUGUCAUCUCUAUCUCUCUCUCUCUACACUACACACAUGGUUCUACACUUUAAGCUGCAGAACUACUCGGCACUGUUUUGAUACUUGAAGCUUGCAAACUUACUGUGUAACAGUAAUACCUAGAGUUAAAUCGAAGCGGUUGAACAAAACAUUGAUUCAAUUCCCGAGAUUUUCUUAGGUGUAAUUCGCGGUGGUUGAGAACGGGCUGGUUUGGGCUGGAUGUGUUGGAAGAUCGGAGAGAAAGAUGAUAGAUCUUAGUGCGGCAUUGAGAUAGGAGGUUGGAGUUUGGGAUGUUAAUUGAGAGUUGUUGCAGACAGGAAGGCCUUAAAUCAGUGUUGCAAACAUGACUUUUGCUAAGCUCGAUGACUCUCCUAUGUUCCGUAAGCAGCUGCAAAGUUUGGAGGAAAGUGCUGAAACUUUGAGAGAGAGAAGUUUGAAGUUUUACAAAGGAUGUCGAAAAUAUACGGAAGGGCUUGGAGAGGGAUAUGAUGGAGACAUUGCUUUUGCAAGUUCUCUGGAAACCUUUGGCGGGGGGCACAAUGACCCCAUUAGUGUUGCUUUUGGAGGUCCUGUUAUGACUAAAUUCACUAUUGCACUGAGGGAAAUUGGGACAUACAAGGAAGUUCUUAGGUCUCAGGUUGAGCACUUGCUGAACGAUCGAUUGCUGCACUUUGUUAACAUAGAUUUGCAAGAGGUCAAGGAAGCUCGAAAGCGCUUUGACAAGGCUAGCCUAUUAUACGAUCAGGCUCGUGAUAAGUUUUUGUCACUAAGGAAAGGCACGAAGAGUGACGUAGCGAGCAUGCUAGAGGAGGAACUUCAUAAUGCAAGGUCAGCCUUUGAACAAGCAAGGUUCAGUUUGGUUACUGCUCUUUCAAAUGUUGAAGCAAAGAAAAGGUUUGAAUUCUUGGAAGCAGUUAGUGGCACGAUGGAUGCCCACCUUCGUUACUUCAAGCAAGGCUAUGAACUUUUGCAUCAAAUGGAGCCCUACAUCAACCAGGUAUUGACAUAUGCACGGCAAUCUAGAGAGCGGUCUAACUAUGAACAGGCAGCUCUUAAUGAGAAGAUGCAAGAAUACAAAAGGCAGAUUGAUCGAGAGAGCAGAUGGUCUUCAAGUGGUUCUAACGGAUCUCCUAAUGGAGAUGGUAUACAAGCCAUUGGUAGAAGUUCACAUAAGGAGAUAGAAGCAGUUAUGCAAUCUGCAGCUAAGGGGAAGGUUGAAACCAUCAGACAAGGUUAUCUUUCCAAACGCUCUUCAAACUUGAGAGGUGACUGGAAAAGACGGUUUUUUGUUCUUGAUAGCCGGGGAAUGUUGUAUUACUAUCGCAAACAAAAUACCAAACCAUCUGGAUCAGGUAGUCAACUUUCUGGCCAGAGGAAUAGUUCUGAGCUUGGUUCUGGACUGUUGAGUCGCUGGCUUUCUUCCCAUCAUCAUGGUGGGGUGCAUGAUGAGAAGUCUGUUGCUCAUCACACUGUGAAUCUAUUAACAUCAACAAUAAAGGUUGAUGCUGACCAGUCAGAUCUGCGGUUUUGCUUCAGGAUUAUCUCACCAACAAAAAGUUACACAUUGCAGGCUGAGAGUGCCCUAGAUCAAAUGGAUUGGAUUGAGAAGAUUACGGGAGUUAUUGCUUCUUUACUUAGUUCUCAGGCUCCUGAAAGGCGUUUGCCUGCUAGUCCAAUGGGCAGUGGACAUCAUCGAUCUGCAAGUGACAGUAGUUCAUUUGAUAGCUAUGAUGUUGACCCUGCAACAGUUGAUGAACAUGCAUCUGAGAGACUAGCCGCUACCCAUCUUGAACGCCCCUUAAGAAACUCACAACAGUUACAAAUUGCUGUGAGAACUGAACAGCCAAUUGAAACAUUACGGAAAGUAUGUGGGAAUGAUAGGUGUGCAGAUUGUGGUGCGCCUGAACCUGAUUGGGCAUCCUUAAAUCUUGGUGUUCUUGUCUGUAUUGAGUGUUCAGGUGUUCAUCGUAACCUUGGCGUUCAUAUAUCCAAGGUGAGGUCACUGACUCUUGAUGUUAAAGUAUGGGAGCCUUCUGUCUUAGCCUUGUUCGAGUCUUUGGGCAAUGCAUUUGUAAAUUCAGUCUGGGAAGAGUCACUGCAAUCAAGAGGUGCCUUCCAGGUUAAUCUUGGUCCUACAAGCUUGUACAAGUCUGAUAAACAGCAACUUCUUUACAUUUGCAAGCCAAGUAAGGGCGAUUCAAUUUCUACAAAGGAAAAAUUUAUUCAUGCGAAGUAUGCGGAAAAAAUGUUUGUGCGGAGAAGUAAGGACUAUCGGCCAGUGGCACAACAGAUGUGGGAGGCUGUCCGGUCUAAUGAUAAGAAAGCUGUGUAUCGCCUCAUUGUCAACUCUGAUGCAGAUGUUAAUGCCGUUUCGAAGCAGUUACUGAACUCCUCUCUAACUCUUGCCAAAGUAAUGCUGCUUCAAGAACAGCCUUGCAUUGAUGAGAAUCCUAGUUGCUUAGAUGUGGGUGCAACUCCAAGUGAAUGCCAAUCAAUCGGAGAUCUUGAUGGGUGUUCCCUGCUUCACCUUGCUUGUGAAACAGCGGACAUAGGAAUGCUGGAGCUGCUGCUUCAGUAUGGUGCGAAUGUAAAUGCUCCUGAUUUGAGAGGUUGGACACCAUUGCAUCAAUGUAUUAUCAGGCACAAAGCCACAUUCGCAAAGUUGCUUCUUUCAAGGGGAGCUGAUCCGCAUGCUGUAAAUGGGGAAGGUAAAACCCCGAUUGAUCUUGCAGUGGAAUCACAUUUCAACGAUCACGAGGUCCUUUCUAUACUGUCAAACGCAAAUGGGUAAAUGGACUUAACAGAGGAAAGUGUGAAGGUCGAAGAAGGAUUGACGCAGGGUAGCCCUGGUUUGAGAAGGAAUUCAGGUUUUGUCUGUAUUUUGUAAUUAUGUUUGUAGAUCUAGGGCCCGAUCAAUCCUCGCCCAUAGACGCUCCUCCAUACAAGUUUAGGGCAGUCUGAGGUGGUGGUUGGCAAGGACGCUGGGAUUUGCACCCGUGACUCUGAUAUGGAUGACAUUAAAAGUAAAGCGAGGCCGACUGGGUGUUGCUGGACCUUUUAUUGUCAUCGCAGAGAUAUUUCUCACGAUGCCAUCCCGGUCGAGGUCAUUCAUAUUCUAUAGCGCUGUUAUUACAUGUUCAUUAUUCACCUUGUUUCCAAUUUGAGUGGGUCGAGAGAGGUUUGUGUGAGGUUUUGUGUACAUUAUCUCUUAGAAUGGGAAUGUCCUCUUGGUGGUGAUGUAUCCUUGUUUUCAAACAUCAUGGAUCCAACCUUAUGUGGUAUGUCUGCCCUAUUAGCGUGCUGAUAAAAGUGUGUAUUUUUUUUUUUGUAAAA